UACGGAUCACUAUCAUACACAAUCAUAUAUAUAUUCAAACGAAAAUUUCGAAUCGGGUCAAAUAUCUGAUAAAUCUGACGAUUUAACGAUCCAAUUUUCUCCUUAUUUUUGAAUUGGGAAAAUUUAGGAAACAAUUAGAAAUGUUUAAUGGUAUGAUGGAUCCAGAAUUGAUGAGAAUGGCUCAAGAGCAAAUGAGUCGUAUGUCCCCAGCAGAUUUGGCUCGGAUGCAGCAACAGAUGAUGUCUAAUCCUGAUUUAAUGAGAAUGGCUACUGAAGGCAUGAAAAACAUGAGGCCAGAUGAUUUAAAAGUUGCUGCAGAACAGUUGAAGCAUACCCGUCCGGAGGAUAUGGCUGAGAUUGGUAAGAAAAUGGCUAAUGCAUCACCUGAAGAAAUAGCAACGAUGCGUGCCCAAAUGGAUGCACAGGUUAAAUAUGAAAUUAGUGGAGCUGAGUUGCUGAAGAAGCAGGGAAAUGAUCUUCACACCAAGGGAAAGUUUAACGAGGCCCUGCAGAAAUAUUCGCUUGCAAAGAAAAAUCUGUCAAGCAUUCCUGCCGCGAAAGGCAGGAGUAUCUCAUUGGCUUGUUCCUUGAACAUGAUGUCGUGUUACUUAAAAACUGGACAAUACGAUGACUGCAUAAAGGAAGGUAGUGAGGUUUUGGCAUAUGACGACAAUAAUAUCAAGGCCCUUUAUCGUAGGGGUCAAGCUUAUAGAGAGCUGGGACAGUUAGAAGAUGCUGUGUCUGACUUGAGUAAAGCACAUGAAGUCUCUCCUGAUGAUGAAACUAUUGCUGAUGUCUUAAGGGGUGUCCAGGAAAGGUUGGUGAAAGAAGGUGGUGCUGGAGCUUCAAGACGUAGAGGAGGAUUGGUUAUUGAAGAAAUAACUGAAGAAGAACCAUUAGUGUCUUCAGAAGCUGCGGAUAGUUCUGUUGCAAAAAAUGUUGCCUCACAACCACGUGAAGCGAUCAGCCCUCCUAAGAGUCAAAAUGAAAUUCUUGGUGGGCCUCCCUUAUCAAGUUCAGAGUCCUUGGAAGCUUUGAAAAAUGACCCAGAAUCCAUUAGAUCCUUCCGGAAUUUUAUUUCUCGCGCUGAUCCGGACACCCUAUCUGCCUUAAGUGGUGGAAAUGCUGAAGGCAUACCUCCUGAAAUGGUAAAGACUGCCUCCAAUGUUAUUGGCAAGAUGUCACCGGAAGAACUACAAAGGAUGGUCCAGAUGGCUUCCUCCUUUCAAGGUGAAAAUCCGUUUCUUAAAAAAGGUUCCUCGGGUAACCUUGGCCCUGGUUCAGUCCCUCCAAAUGUAACACCUGACAUGCUGAAAAUGGCAACUGAUAUGAUGGGCAAGAUGUCUCCAGAUGAAAUGUCGAAGAUGUUUGAAAUGGCAUCUUCGUUAAAAGAGAAAAGUCCAGUAUCAGCUGCAACAACUAUAGAUUCUAAUGGGUCAAGUUGGCAGUCAAAACCUCGAGACACUAGGGAAAAUUUCAAAGUGGAUGACAGUACAAGUGCAAGCACUUCAUCACAAGGGUUUUCUACUUCAAAUAAUGGUUCUCAAUCAAGCUUAUCAAGUUCGAAUGUUGAUCUGCAAGAAGAAAUGAGAAACCGAAUGAAAGAUCCAGCCAUGAAACAGAUGUUCUCUUCAAUGAUUAAGAACAUGAGUCCAGAGAUGAUGGCUAACAUGAGUGAACAAUUUGGUAUGAAGCUCAGUCAGGCAGAUGCAGAGAAAGCUCAACAGGCGAUGUCAUCUUUGUCACCAGAUGACUUGGAAAAAAUGAUGAAGUGGGCUGACAGAAUUCAGAGAGGAGUGGAAGGCGCAAAGAAGACGAAAAAUUUCCUCUUAGGUAAACCUGGCAUGAUGUUGGCUAUACUUGUGCUUCUUUUGGCACUCGUCCUUCACUGGCUGGGCUUCAUCGGGCGCUAGACUUUACGGGUGCUAGCCAAAGAUUAGCAGAAAGAGCUGCCAGUAUGCCCAUGUUCGACAAGUGGAGUAGUAGUUUGGAAUCUUUGUUGUAAUGCACUUGAAAUGGGAAUCAGUGGAUGAAAGUGUAACCAGUUGGUUGAAGAUGACACCAGUUAUUUUAUUAUAUUACAUUUCUCCCUGUUUCUUGAUUUUUGGGUGUGCUGAUGAGGCUGUAUCUGCAACUUGCCAAAUUGUUUAGUUCGUUGUUUCGCAGUAGAACCCGCCGUUUCAAGAUGAUUUUUUGUAAGACUUACUCUUUUUCCAAAUUCAGAAGUCAUGAACUGACUGUGUUAGAUAUAAUUCAUAUUACAGAAAAUAACAAUUUCUUUUUUGCAUC